CAUUGACAGAGAAAGCACAGCUUCGGUGCGUUAUGUUCAAAUAUCUUUCCACAUUCCUGACGCUUGUAAGCUGCGUUCCCGGAAGAGCUGUCGGUCAGCCGGCACGAUCAAGUGAUGUUUCAGAAAUGCUAGCCUUGUCGACUUUCUGGAUUCGUUUACCAAAUGUGGAUUAUCGUGCCAGAGCCAACGAAGGUGGCCCGGGUGGCGGUUCAAAAAUAGCAGGGGGAUCGAUCGCCAACCAACAGCAGUUUCCGUAUCAGGCAGCAAUUCUAAUCAAUUUCCCCGAUGGUUCGGGAACUCUUUGCGGUGGUUCGAUUGUGUCAAUAACUUUUGUACUGACAGCAGCGCACUGUCUGGGAGGUGCCCUGGAUGCUACGGUUGUUGUAGGCACUAACAUCGUCAGCAUUCCCAGUGACGACCAGGCGAUAGAAAUUGAUGUCACCUUUCACGAUAUGCUGGUACAUCCGGAUUACGAUGCGGUCAAUGUUUUGCACGAUAUCGCCAUUUUACGGCUAACGAAGGCACUGGUAUUUUCAGAUAAGAUUCAACCGAUCCGGCUUCCAUCCAAACAGGAAGCUUUGCUAGAGCUAGUAAGUGUUGAUGCAACCGUUUCCGGUUGGGGAGCCUUGAGUGGAGAUGAAUUUGCGGAUAUUUCCGACAGUUUGAAACUUGAACUUCGUUUCGUUAGCAAUCCAAUUAUUUCCAACGAGUCGUGUGAAAAGGUAUUCGAAGACAUGAUACGAAACUCGCACGUUUGCGUCUCGGGAGCAAAUGGACGAAAUGCCUGUCAGGGAGAUUCGGGAGGUCCGCUUUCUGCAAAUUUAAACAAUCAGGCAACACUGAUUGGUAUUGUUUCCUACGGAUCCACCGAAGGCUGUGAAAGGGGUUCCCCGGUUGUUUAUACGCGGGUUGGUUACUACUUGGACUGGAUCUCUCACCACACCAGGAUAGCGAUUGAAGGUUACUAUCCCAUAAAAUCCAAUUCCAUAGUAGCUCGAUUAGGUUCCGAUUACGGUUUGGCCAUGAUUAAGAAAGCAGUAGCCACUCUGGUGUUUGGUAUUUUCCUACUAGUAGUAGUCAGUGCCAAUCGCGAAAUUGUAACGGAAACUGCGCGAAUAUAUAAGUUACCGAUUACGAAAGUGCUACCGGAUUUCGACUUGGAGAAUGUUCCCAGCCGUCGAGUUUCCGGUGGUGAGCUCGUGCAACCGGAGGAUGUUCCCUACGCGGUCGGUAUGCUAACUCAAGGUCCCACCGGAACUCGAUGGUGCGGUGGAUCACUAAUAUCUACUAGCUUCAUUGUUACGGCAGCGAAUUGCUACGUCAUUGUUUCAGCACCCGUAACAGCACUUUUGGGUGCCUCCAAUAUGACGGAUGUCACCGACAUUGUUCCGGCAACGACAUUGAUUUUGCACAUCGGCUAUGAUCCUCAAACAAACCAGAACGACAUUGCACUACUGGAACUGUUCCGUGACGUGGCCAUUGGACCGACCAUCAGUCCAGUUCGCCUGCCAAACUGGCGACAGCUGCCGUCGAGCUUCAACGGACAGUUGGCCACGGUGUCCGGAUGGGGAGCUUUGUGGCAGAACGCACCGGAACUGUUGCCUCUGAAUGAGCUGCGACGGGUUGGGCUUCCGGUUAUUUCGAACAGUGCCUGUGGUUUACGGUUUCCGGGUGCCAUCUCGGAAUCGCAGAUUUGCGUCGAAGCUGAGAUCGGUUCGCCCUGUUCCGGAGAUCAGGGAGGUCCGCUGACGGUGGCAGAUCCCGAUGGCAACAGCACUCUGGUGGGCAUCUUUUCGUACGUUUCGAUAUUCGGUUGCAACUCUGGGUGGCCGGCGGUGUUUACCCGAGUGACAAGCCAUCUGCUGUGGAUCGAAACCAACGCAAAUGUGACGAUUCUAGAUGAUUUCGAGUAUUGAAAAAUGUGUUGCACGUGGAAUUUUUGAAUAAAAAGAUUGGGUUGUAUGAAUAAAAUGUAGUAAAGUGUGAUGUUUGUAGUAACUACCAUUUCAUAAAUAUAAAUA